UCCUCUUCUUCUUCCUCGUCUUCCGCAGCUGUCUCUGUCCAUUGACGUGUAGUCCAUUGACGUGUAGUCCACCUCUGUUUCUGUUUCUAUCCACCGACAUAACAACAUUUCUUAAAGAUGUCUGGAGAUCUGCGGGCAGAGCUGGACAAACACCUGGAGACGUUAAACAUCCAGACGACCUGCGUGGAUCACCCGCCGGUGUUCACAGUGGAGGAGAUGAUGCCUCACCUGCAGGAGGUGAGCGGAGCCGUCACUAAGAACCUCUUCCUGAAGGACAAGAAGAAGAAAAGCCUGUUUCUGGUGUCGGCUCGCCACGACCGCCAGGUGAACCUCAACGACCUCGCCAAGAAGCUCGGUGUCGGCAGCGGCAACCUGCGUUUCGCAGACGAGGCGACCAUGUUGGAGAAACUGAAGGUCGGUCAGGGCUGCGCGACGGCUCUCGCUCUUCUCUUCGAUAAGGACCAGAGUGUGAAGUUCGUCCUGGACAGGGACCUGGUGGAGGGAGGGCACGAGAUGGUGUACUUCCACCCGAUGACCAACGCCGCCACCAUGGGGCUACGACCGGACGACCUGCUGCACUUCCUCAAGGAGACGGGACAUGAACCCAUCCUGGAGAGCUUCGAGUAGUGGGACAGGACAUGAAAACAAACUUUUGUUGAGCGACGCAUGAAUUCAGAUGAUGGACAUUUAAGAUUUAAGACAUUUUACUGGUCUGCUUCAGUUACAGCUCUGCCCAAAAAAAACAUUUUUAUAAAACUCUAAGACUCAAAUCAGCCAUUGUGUUUAUUUCUCUGUUACUUUGUGUUAAAGGACCAGACUGUUGCUGAAGUCCUCCUCCAGAGACUUAAAGCCGAUACAUGAUGUGUCUCAGGUUAGUCCAGCUAAUGUAACGGACAUGCCGGCCUAGCAGAGACCGUCACUGCUGUUUCAACAUAUGAAAACUGUAAAUAUACAGUAAAUAUGAUCUGUAUGUCUUAAUUAAAUCUUCUAAUAC